AUGUUUGCGUUUUUCACUAAGAAGGUCACGCCGUCUAGAGGGGCGGCCAUCCUCAGUGUAUCCUGGCAGAGCGCCAGUGGGUGGCUUGCUCUUGGCUAUAAAGAUGGAACGCUCAAGGUCCUCGAAACUUGCCGCCUUCUGGACGCUGGCGGCGCGGGUGCAUGCGCGAGAGAUGCGACAGAGAUCCGUUCACGAGACGACAGUGACGCACACAAUCUACAGAAUCUGUCGUCUCCCAGCAGCCCAGACGCGAUUCAUACCACGGGGAUUCACUUGGUCUCGUGGAACGAUGGCGAGGGUCGCUUGACUUCCGUAGAUGAGUCUGGAUGCAUCGCCAUAUGGCGAGCCGAGGGCAAGCACUGGGUGAACGAGCUGAUCAACAUCGAUCACUCCAAGCAGGUCGUCGAUACCGCGUGGACCGCAGACGAGCAGAAAGUCUGCAUCCUCUACGCCGAUGGAAAUCUUGUCCUCGGCACCGUCACCGGUCAGCGCCUGUGGAGCAAAGACCUCCAGCGGGCUAUGGUGCGGGCUGCGUGGUCGCCCGACGGCAGGAAGAUCCUCCUCUGCUCCAAGACGGGGGAAAUCUUCUUUUACGACAGCGAGGGUCUAUACAGCCACCGGCUGCGGACACAGCUCGGCGAGGACUGCGAAGGACGAACUGAGCCCCUUCUCCCUGUCGCAGGGGUGCACUGGCGACGAGUUGCGCUCCAGCACGCCGCGGAGGCGGCUGAAUCUCUCUCGCUAGCCAUCGCCUACGAAAACGGCCGCAUUCAACUUUUCCGCGACGACGCCGACGCAGCACCGAUAUCCUUCGAAACCUGCUUGCGCCGCUGCUUCUCCAUUCGCUGGCACCCGACUCUCCCGGUGCUGGCAGUGUUUGGUGACGCGCACCGCCUCCAUCCUGACGCUCCUGGCGCUGAGAGCGCUUCUCGGACGUCUGCGCCGCCAAGCUGCGUCAUUCGAUUUUACGAUGUCGCGAAGUGCGCGCAUCUGCACACGCUGGUAGUGCCAGGACACGCGACCGCGCAGGCGUUCAGCUGGGAGUCACGCGGCGAGCGAUUGGUCGUCGCUGCGGGCAGCGCCCUUCUCUUUGCAGCGAUCCGCAUGCGCCGCCCCGCUACCUACUUCGGUGAGACUCUCGUGUAUUCGUCCUGCACGGCACUGACGCGCCGCCGCGACCUACCGCUCUGGUUUUGGAACGUCGGCGCAGGCCGCAAGCACCUGCGUCACGUGCGCGCACCCCUCCGGCACCUCCUCAGCCACGCAGAUCGCUGUGGAGUCAUCACGGAUGCCGAAGAGGAGGACGACGACUCCGGAGAAGCCUCUGGGGAGGCGGGAGAGGAGGCACCCGACUAUACCGCGAGGGCGAAAGCCGCAGAAAAACGAAGCGUGAGACGGACCUACGCCCUCAGUGUGUGCAAUGCCAUGGGCGAGCCUGUCACCUCGACAUUUACGGACAUCGAGCCCGAGUUUGCGGCGAUGUCCGCCAGCCACAUCCUGGUGGCUGACCGCUGUCGGGUGUUUCUUUGGCGCUACUCCUCAAGGGGACCGAACCCGCUUGCAGACAAUUCGCAAGACGCAGCUCGCUGCGGCCUCGAGGACCAGCCCGCAGAGGCUGCGACAGGCAGAAACGCUGCAGAGACUUGCUCAGACGCGGCUAGGCUCCCCGAUAGUGAUGCGCUUUCCGAAGGACCGAGCGAAAUGGUUGUUGAAGUGGACGCCGCGGAAGCGAACAGAAAUGAUAAUGGAUACUCGGCUACAGGCGUACGGCAGGGGGAGGGCGGCGCUGGCGCCCGCGGCAACCCUGUGGUGGCGCUCGCGGCUGCAGCGUCUUGCUUCGUCGUCGCGAGGCGAAGCGGCGAGCUCCGCAGGUAUUCGUUGCCUUCCGCCCAGCUCGAGGCCGUCUGUGACACAGGCGUCGCCCCUUUGUCCGUUCACCUGAACUGCGAUGCGACGCGCGUGGCGGUCAUCGACAUCUUUCACAAACUCAGCUUGCGCUCUGCAGCAGCGACGCCCCGAGGCGACGCCGCGUCUGAGACCUGCUCCACGAACCAAAUGCCCACGAGAAGUCUGCAACCAAGUCAGACUUGCCAAGCCUGGAGCUCGAUGUCGGCCUUUGGGGCGGCUCUCCGUUUCUCGAGACAGGACGUUUCCGACGUGCUAUGGUCGCGGGAUGAAGCGGACCUCUUUGCAAUGGCUGAAAAAAACACAACCUACCUCGUCAGGGGGACGGUGCUGGAGGAGCCGCUCAGCGGCGUGCACUUCCUCGCCGGCCUCAGCGAGUUAUGUCUUGACACGUUCAACCUCGAGGCCCUCUCCAAGACGCCCGGGGAGCCCAACGCCAGGCUCCACAGGUUUCACUACGAAACCAAACGGCUGCGGGACACGCGCGAGAUCCUCAAGAAGGCGAACGAGCUCGGCGACGCUGUCACCUACGCCGAGCAAGCGUCGCAUCCCUCCCUGUGGAAGCUCAUCGCCCAACACGCUCUCGAGAAGCUGAAUCUCGAAAUCGCCGAGAAAGCCUUCAUCAACUGCGAGGACUACUGCGGCCUACAAUGCAUCAAGCGCUUGCGUACGCUGCGAGGCGCGGAACGUGAGGCGGAGAUUCGCGCGUACUUUGGUGAUUUUGAGCGCGCAGAAACCCUGUACCUUUCCGUAGGCCGUCGGGAUCUCGCGGUGUCCCUGCGCGCCGCGGUCGGCGACUGGUCGCGAGUCCUCGAGCUCGCGCGCGACGCGCCCGAGUCCCUGGGACCUUCCGGAGCCUCCGCGGGGCUGCAGUGGGCUACCAAGGCCCUCGGCGACAGCUGCCGAGAAAAGGGACAGUGGCGGGAGGCCAUCGAAGCUUACCGCUCCAUUCGCGACCACCAGGCCCUGGCGCACGGCUACUACUUCACUGAGCAGUUUGACGAACUUGUGAACCUCGUGGGCGAUCUCCGCGCCGAGAGGGACCGGGACUUGCUUCGGGAGAUUGGCAAACAAUUCACCUCUGUCGGGCUCUGCCGAGAGGCUGUGAGGGCCUUCACGAAAGCGGGGGACGUGCAAGCGGCUGUCGAGUGCUGCGUGCGUUUGAAUGCCUGGGAUACCGCCCUCACACUCGCAGGGAAAGCGCCUGUCCAGCAAAUCGAGACGCUUCUCACAAAGUGCGCUGGGCACCUGGUGGAGCAGGGCAAGCGCUUGCAGGCCGUCAAGCUCUAUCAGAGAGCGGGAAAACCGUUGGAGGCUGCAAAGAUCAUCAUGCAGCUCGCCGCCAUGGGCGGCGCCGGUCAGCGCGCCGCAACUCAGUUGCCACACUACAGGCCAGACCGUAAAAAAAAGCUCUACGUGCUCGCAGCUCUAGAAAUUCAAAAACUCGAAAACACAGCGGCGGAGGGCGUCGCGCCCUCCGCCGCGCAGCCGCAUCUCCGGCGGACGACGGCGUCCUGUAGCGCUGCGACGCCAACCGGCGAAAGAAGAGCCUCGCCCAGAGCGGACGACGGGGCGGAAAACCCGAAGUCCCCCUUCGCGUCACGUUCAGGAAUCGAGGCUCAGUCGUCGGCCGAGGCGCUCGCGUUGGUUUCGCCGAUGCAGCGGGAAGCACCGCCGCGGCAUGACCUGCUGAUGUCAGAAAACAAGGCGCUCCGGAGACCGUGGCAGGGGGCAGAGGCGUUUCACUUGUAUCUGCUUUGUCACAAACAACUGGUAGCCGCAGCCUACGACGCCGCCGCGUGCGCAGCAGUGCGUUUGACCGAGUACCCGGAGUUCAUUGACGGUCUCACCGCGCACGCCGUCCUCGCCCUCGCCAGCUUCUACGCGCGCAACUGGCAGCUCUGCUCCAGGGCAUUCUUGUUCUUGGAGAACGCUGCUGAGGUCCCCCCAGAGCAGCGAAAGGUUUUCGCGGAUCUCGCUGUCGAGAUCUUUAGCCGGCAUCCGCCGCCAGCCAGCGCAGACGACAGUCUGCCCCUGUGUGCAUGCCCAAAGUGUCGAGCGCCGAUUCACUGCUGGAUGACGUCUUGCCCCGAAUGCUGCACCGCAUUCGCUUUCUGCGUAGCUAGUGGAAGGCCUAUUUACCACUACAUCGCAGAUCGAGGAAACCACACUGACGCAGAUGAACUGUCGACCCCACUGAUGCUCUCCGCGCAACACGCGUUGCUCUCCUGCCGCACGUGUCACCACAAAAUGUACGCCGCCGAGGCCCGGAACGUAGAAUACUGUCCGCUUUGCCAUGCGCCUCUAUCUAGCGGUAUACCCGGGGUUCACCACCGACACCUUCCUGACGGUGCGUAG